AUGGAAGGCGCAGCAGGAGCAAGGGAAGAUGAGUUUCCAGCACCGAGCCGGCAAGCAGUAGGCAUCGUGGCUGGUGUCAGGACUGAGGCUACGGCACUAAGCUUUUCCGACAAGCUCAUGGUCACCGUCACUCAAGAGGGACGGCUAUCCCAAUGGAUUCAAGUUCCCUUGAUCGGCUCAUCCGCCAGCAGGGUGGAAAUGACAUUGCCCAGCUCGAGCCUCGGCCUGCUCCCAGCCACCCAUCUAACAGCAACAACAUUGUUCGGUGGCGGCGGCGGUGAUCGAGAAACCGUAGGCCAGCUGUACGCUGCCCAGAUCGCCAGUCACGUUUCUCUCAAAUUUCCUGACGACAGGAGAACUCUCGUUCUUGGGCUGGGGCUGGAGAGGCCCAACCUGGAGCGCGAGGCUUUUUUCGAUCUGGUUGAACUGGCUCAGAAGGUUCUGUAG